AUGACCCUGACCGCGACACGGAGUCAGCCGCCGCCCACAACCAGCAGAAGAGCUCCGAAAUGCACAAAUUCCGAACACGCGCAACCUCAAUCUCUGCUCUUUCGUCUUCCUCAUGAAAUCCGCCAUCUCGUCUUCUUGCUUGCUCUAGCCAAGCCGCUUUCUACCAACCUUCUCGACUCCUCUCACGAUGACAGUCUAGACGUCGAGCCUGCUCUUCUUUCUACUUGUCAUCGUGUCCGCGCCGAGGCACUCCCUCUCUUCUACAGCACCAAUGAUUGGGUCGUGAAGACACGGCGCGUGGGAGGAGACACUGGUCGCCUGGAUCCUGUCAGCAAGAGCUUGAUCACAUACCAGUGCAUACCUCGGUGGCUCGAUGCCUUGCCAGACCAUAAGAUAGCUCUGAUCAGGUCCAUCGUCGCUAUUGGCUCAAGAGGCUCCUAUGUGGACUUCAAGGGCAAAUGGUGGGACGGCGACCGUGCUGCUUUCCGUCUGCAAAAGUCAAAUGGACCCAUCGGCUACCGCGUCGACGAGCUAGACUGUCAUGACGAAGAGUUGGACUUGGACAAGUGGAAGAAAGACAAGGAGGCUNUUUGCAGCAUACACCUUGUCAAUCUACUACAUGCUAGAAUGCGCAUCAACGUGCAAACGCCUCGAGACAAGUGGCUAUGGACGCGAGAGCGUGUGCACGAGCUAGCUUUCCUGCUAUGA